UUAUGUCAUCUCCCGCGCAAAAACGUCGAGAGUUUGGCAACAUAAAUUUUCUCAUUUUUUCAACAGUAAAUAGUAUUUUGACGUCUGAAUGUUCGCUGUUAAAAGAUUAUGGGGACGAUAGAAAUUACAUUUCCACCUGGAGGGCCAGGAAAAGUAUUAAAAUGGAGAGUCCGAAUGGAUACAAUGGUUUCAGCGGGCAGAGUGUUGUUUUUAUAUCAAAACAUUACCCCAGGAAUUGAUGAUAACAAAUGUCCUGAGAAAAAAUAUCGGGCCACAAAAUUUGGUCGCGUUACAAAAUUCUUGGUAAAAGAAGGAGAUGUUGUUCAACCUGGGCAAGUGGUAAUGAUGUUAGAAGGAUGUCGACAUCCUACUGUAAUGAAGGAUUUAUGUGCAGAAUGUGGAGUAGAUUUAAGGGUUGAAGGAGUUGGGAAAGAAAAUGAAAAUAUAAAAAUAUCGCAAGCUAGUGUACCUAUGGUACAUAGUGUACCAGAAUUAAAAGUAUGUCCAGAAUUAGCUGAAAAAAUAGGAAAAGAAGAUGAACAGCGUCUUUUGAAUGAUCGCAAGUUAGCAUUACUUGUUGAUCUUGACCAAACAAUUGUUCAUACAACAAAUGAUAACAUCCCUCCCAAUAUGAAGGAUGUUUAUCAUUACCAACUCUAUGGUCCAAAUUCUCCUUGGUAUCAUACUCGUUUAAGGCCUAACACUCGGCACUUUCUUUCGGAAAUGAGUCGUUUAUAUGAAUUGCAUAUUUGUACAUUUGGAGCAAGAAACUAUGCACAUACUGUAGCAUCAUUAUUGGAUAAAGAUGGAAUUCUAUUCUCUAACAGAAUACUUUCAAGAGAUGAAUGUUUUGAUCCUGCAUCAAAAACAGCUAACCUUAAGGCUUUAUUUCCUUGCGGAGAUGAUUUAGUAUGCAUCAUAGAUGAUCGAGAAGAUGUAUGGCAAGGAUGUGGAAAUUUAGUCCAAGUUAAGCCUUAUCAUUUUUUUCGUCAUACUGGUGACAUACAUGCACCUCCAGGAUUAGAGAAAAGUGAUAUGUCAGUUUUACCUGAAUUACAAAGUACAAAUGAACUUAAUAAUGAUAAUAAUCCAACCGAAUCAGGUAUAAAUGGUGCAUCUGAAACGUUGAAUGAAGAAAUUGUAACAGAUAAUAAUUGUAAAGAAGAAGCUCAAAAAGUGACUGAAAAUAAAGAAAAUGAAAAUGAGUCUUCAGAAAAAAAUGUAGAAAAUACCAAAGAUGACACGAAGACCAGUUCUGAUCCAAACCCUAAUACAAGUAAUGAAAAGGAAGAAAAUAAAAUAUUAGAAGAAACAAAAGAAAAUGUAACACCAACUGAAAUAACACAAGAUACUAAAAGUGAAGAUAAAACUUUGUCGGGUGAAAAUAAUAUUAUAGAUGAAGACGAUGAUGAUUAUUUGUUAUACUUGGAAGAUAUCCUCCGAAGGAUUCAUGCCGAAUUUUAUGCUACUAAAGAAAAAGAAUCAGGUCGUUCAUCGUUGAGAGAUAUUAUUCCACGAGUUCGAGCACAAGUAUUGAAAGGAGUACAUAUAACUUUUAGCGGAUUAAUACCUACUCAUCAAAAAAUUCAUCAAAGUCGUGCAUAUAAAGUAGCCAGAGCGUUUGGAGCAGAAGUUUCACAAGAAUUGACAGAUAAAACUACCCAUUUAGUUGCUAUUAGACCCGGCACAGCUAAGGCUAAUGCAGCUAAGAAGAAUCUGAAUAUAAAAAUUGUAAAUCCAGACUGGCUUUGGACGUGUGCAGAACGUUGGGAACACGUUGAUGAACGUUUAUUUCCACUCACUGCAAAGGGUCGUGCUUCUAGAAUACCACCACCACAUUGCAGCAGUCCAGAACGCAUAGAAGAACAAGAGAAAAGUAUGGAAGAUAAUUUUGCGGAUAGUAUUAACCCAUUAAUGUCAUUUACACCAGAAGAAAUAGAAAUUAUGGACAAAGAAGUUGAAGAAGAUAUGGAUGAUCAAGAAAUGGAUGUACCUGUUUUUGAUGUAGAAGAUGUAGAAGAUACAGAUGAUAUAGAUGAUAUAGAUGAUACAGAAAAUCGUGGUAAUAGAGGUCGUCACCGGGAAUCUGAUUCUGAUGAUUAUACACAUCAAGAAGAUUAUCUAAUAGAAAAGAACGUAGAUGAACCAAGAAGGAAAAAGAAGAAGCUUUGUAAUGAAAGUUCCGAAGACAAUAGUUCGUCGAGUGAAAACGAAGACACUGUUGAUGAAGAUGACGAUGACCCCGUAACACGGUUUAGAAGAGGAGAAAACUUACCUGAUGAUUUAGAUUUAGGUGAUAAUUCGCAAGAUUCAGUUGAGGAUCUUGAAGUGAUGGACAAUGAAGACGAACGAGAGUGGAAUGCAAUGGGGGCAGCACUUGAAAGAGAAUUUCUUUCUGAAUAAAUCAUUGCAAGCUUGCUUUUUUUGCUUUCUUAAACGAAUCAGAUCAUUACAUUGAUUGUAUAUUUAAAAUUGAUCGAUUUUAUUAGUUACUGAUAAUAUUUAAAGUAAUUUUAUAAAAAGUUUGUAGAGUUGUAACUAAAUAGUUUAAUGUAAUUUUAUAAAGAGUUUCGAAUAAUAAUGUAUAAGAUUAAUGAGAAGAAAUAUAAAGCAUUCGUAUGCUUUAAAAAAGACUAAUAUCCUGUUUUGAAUAAAUUAUAGUUUUACUAAUA